AUGACGUAUGGAUCGGUUUUGUUCAAAAACACUAAAGACUCCGAGUGGAAAUGGUCGGAAACAGACGAGAUCGCCAACUUCACCAACUGGGCAUUCGGUCAACCAAAACUCAAUGAUGAUAAAUGUGUUGUGAUGUUCAAGCAUAAUCACAAAUGGAAUGACAAGCGAUGUGACAGCAAGUUCAGUUUCUUGUGUUCCGAUGAGAGUCUGGUGAAGGAGAGGAAGACGUGGGAUCAGGCUUUGAGGCACUGCAGGCUUCUGGAGGCUGAAAACCCAAAUGAGCCAGUGGACCUCACCUGGAACUACCGCUACGACCUGGCCUCCGUGCGCACUGAGGACGACCGCGCCUACGCACGCCCGAGGGCUGGAGAGGCUUCCACUGACCAGGUGACGGAGCUUUCUACACAGAGUUUGUGUUUUAGAGCAACUCCUCCUGUGUGUUGACAUUUUGCACACCGACAUUUCUUCUAAGGCUGUCUUCGUUAACACUCGAUCUUCAUCUGGAAACAUUAAGGAGUAGAAAAAGAAACACUAAUGAAUCCAGUUAUCCAGCC